AUGACCGAAAAGCGUCUCCGCGUCGCCAUCAUCGGCGCCGGCCCAGCAGGCCUCAGCGCCGCCAUCGAAUUCCAGAGAUUGCCCUUCGUGGACCUGCGCAUCUACGAACAGGCCACCGUCCUCCGAGAAAUCGGAAGCGGACUUAGCCUCCAGCGAAACACUUGGCGCAUGCUAGAAUCUCUGGGCGCACUGCAGCAUAACAAGCCCGAGGAGAUGUUCCGCGCUGCUAAUAGGCAUUCGGUGCAACAUCGCAAUGGGCGCACGGGAGAGCUCAGUGUGUCGCAUGCACAGGGAGACACACCCUCUCAUCACCUCCAUGCGCGUGUCUUUCGCUCCGUCCUCCAGAAAGCACUCCUGCAGACCCUCGACCAGGAGAAGACAACUAUCCAGCUCUCUUCUCGCCUGCAACACAUAACACAAUACACUCCAACAGGUCCUCUAACCCUGCACUUCUCAAACGGCCACACCAACGAAGUCGACCUUGUCAUCGGCGCUGAUGCGUACCGCGGCCUUAUCCCUACGGAAAAGAUCCCCGCAAUUCCCGGGUUCCCGGACGCAGUCACUUUUUGGCAUGGGCCGAGGGACUGGGUUUACACGUGCAAUCUGAGACAUGGGGUUUAUGAGCUUACAUGUAAUGCGGAUGUCCCGAAUGACGGGGGGAGGGUUAGUUGGGGCGAGGAGGCGAGCUUGGAGGAAUUUAGGAGGCCGUGGAAGGACUUUGGACCACUCGUCCAGCAGAUCAUCGGUCUCGCAACAGAUGUGCAGCGCUUCGCGCUAUUCGCGGGUCCGCGGCUGGAAUCUGUUGUCUCUAGAGACUCAAUUGCUCUGAUUGGAGACGCUUCUCAUCCUCUCUCCGGCGCAUUCGGCAACGGCGCCGGCUUUGCCCUCGAAGACAGCUACGUCCUCGCCCGAGCCGUAGAAUGGGCUUACGAGCGAGGUCAUACUCUCAGCCGUGGCCUGGAUCUAUACGACCGAGUUCGUUCUCCACAUUAUCAGGCUAUGUACGCUAUACUUGAUGCCUUUAAGAAGUCUGAUGCCGAGCUGGGACGAUCGAACCUGAGCUUCGAUGAGGGCACCGCGCAUACCAUUCGCGGGAAGUGGGGGAGGGAGUAUGGGUGGUUGUAUGAUUAUGAUGUACAAGGCGUUUGGCAAAAGGCGGCUAGAGAGGAGGACGUUCGUCUUCAGCAGGAAGUAGCACGCCUCUGAUCUAUAUCAAUAGAGAUAGAGAUAGGAAGGGUAGAUCCAGCCGGCGAGUCAGGCGGUCCCCAUCAUACAGCCGGCCGAGAAAGCAGAUAAACCCAAGUGCCCGGGAUGGCGCUAUAACAAAAUUUCAACCUUUACCUCGUUAUAUCACGCCAAUUUGGAGCAGAUUUUGCAAUUGGAGCUUAAUCCACUGUGGGUUUGGGAUACUAAGUGGGUACUACAGUGAGAUAUCUCGCAAGAAGGUACACAUGCUUGUUGAUCCAAGGAAAUAUGCCACAACAAGUACUUCUAUUCAAAAAAUAGAGUUGCGCCCCUGGUAUCUUAGC